AUGUUGCUCAUCGUCAGACGUUUAACUGGUAGGGAAUUUACAAUUGAAGCAGAAUCGUGUAACACUAUUAGCGAUAUCAAAGAAAAGAUAAGCAAAUCUGAAGGCUUGAAAGUUCCAGAAAUAACAAUCGCUUAUAUGGGACAGCAACUCGAAGACACUAAAACGCUAACAGAUUACAAUAUUCGGCCAGAGUCCAAAUUAUAUCUCGUUAUGCGAUUAAGAGGCGGAAUAUAA